GAUUGUUUCACGCUCCCAAAGAGCACAAGGACUCACUCUUCUGAAGCAGAGUAAGUGAAGAAAAGCAGCCUUGAGAAAGACAACCAAAUCUCUUUCCUUAACCUUCACGCCUCCAUUUUCAAUUUCACAGCCCCUUCCCCUUCCCCUUCCCGCCCCCACCCUCCCCUCCCCCCCCACCCCCUCAAAACCCCCGCUUCACUCUCUCCCUCCCUCCCUGUCUCUAUCCCCUCUGAGGCAAAAUUAACUUCACUUCCAUAUUCAAAAGAUUAGGGGAAAAAAAAUAGUUUUGCUUUCCUCUCUCCAUCUCUCACUUCUCAUAAGCACACGCACAACACACUCUGUUUCCUCUUCCUCUUCUUCCCAUGGGCAUUAAUGGCCUCUUCAGACUCCUCCCUGAUUCGUCUCUCAUUUGACCCAUCAUUUAACCCCCUGCCCUUCCUCCCCUCCCCCCAUUCUCUCUCUCUCUCUCUCUCUCUCUCUCUCUAUCCCUCUGUAUUGUGUACUCUUUACUUCUCCUCUUUAAAUACUGACCUCAUCGUCCCCCAUUCAAGAUUUUCAUCCACCUGCAAAAACAGAGAAUCCUCUCCCCCCCCCUUCCCUCUUCCCCUACCCUCUGCACUGCAGCCUCCAAGAAACUGAAGAGAAACGGGGCAGGCAGCCAGAAAAAAUGGGUUCUUGUAAGUCACCACAAGAAGAUGAACAGAAGAAGCCGAGACCCGACUGCACGUGCAAGGGCGUGAUAGUCCACGGCCCCAUCAUCGUCGGGGCGGGGCCCUCGGGGCUAGCGGCAUCGGCCUGUCUAUCCGAGCUCGGCGUCCCUUCGCUGAUUCUCGAGCGGAGCGACUGCAUAGCCUCCCUCUGGCAGCACAAGACGUACGACAGGCUCAAGCUCCACCUCCCCAAGAACUUCUGCGAGCUUCCUUACCUCAAGUUCCCCGAAGACUUCCCCAAGUACCCAACCAAGCACCAGUUCAUCUCGUACAUGGAGUCCUACGCCGCCCGCUUCUCCAUCCGCCCGAGGUUCAAUCAGGCCGUGCUCGGGGCCAGCUUCGAGGACGGGCUCUGGCGGGUCCGGACGCACGAGCUGGUGUAUGUCUCCCGGUGGCUGAUCGUCGCCACGGGUGAGAACGCGGAGCCCGUGAUACCGGACAUUGCCGGGUUGGAGAAGUUCGGCGGGAGGAUAAUCCACACGAGCUCGUACAAGUCAGGGUCGGACUUUCGGAACCAGAAGGUCCUCGUCAUGGGUUGCGGGAAUUCGGGGAUGGAAGUGAGCUUGGACCUCUGCCGGAACAAUGCGGUACCUCACAUGGUGGUCCGGAACACUGUUCAUGUGCUGCCUAGGGAAAUGUUCGGGUUCUCGACGUUUGGAAUUGCAAUGGGACUCCUCAAAUGGCUCCCUCUAAAAUUAGUCGACAAAUUCCUCCUCCUUGCUGCUAACAUCACUUUGGGAAACACGGACCAGCUGGGUCUCCGGCGACCCAAAACCGGCCCGACUGAGCUGAAAAACGUCACUGGGAAGACCCCGGUGCUCGAUGUGGGGGCUCUAUCUCAGAUCAGAUCCGGCAAAAUCAAGGUUACGGAAGGGGUGAAAGAAAUAAUGAAGACCGGAGCAAAAUUUAUGGAUGGACAGGAGGAGGAGUUUGAUGCGAUAAUUUUGGCCACGGGUUACAAGAGUAAUGUCAAUAGUUGGCUCAAGAGUGGAGAAUUUUUCACCAAAGAAGGGAUGCCCAAAAUUCCAUUUCCCAAUGGGUGGAGAGGCGAGAAUGGACUCUACAAGGUUGGGUUCACAAGAAGAGGCCUUCUCGGGGCAGCCUGUGAUGCCAUCAAAAUUGCCCAAGACAUUGCCGAGCAGUGGAGAUCAGUGAAGCACCAGCACCGCAACAUCCUCUAUGAUUCCCACAAAAUUCGAGUCCAAAAAUCAUGAAAUUACCCCAACAAAAAAGAAAAAUAAAGAAAUUUGUUAAAAAGAGAAAAGAAAAGAAAAGAGAAAGGAGGGCAGGAUGGAUGGAAAGAGGAAUAAUCUUUGACCGACAAGGGAAUUGAGGGGUCAACUUGGAGGUUUUCUUAGGCUUUUAGGCUUGUAUAUUAUUCUUCACUUGGGGAAGAACUCUCUCUGCACUCUUGUUUUUAUUUUCUUUUUUUACUCCUUUUUAUUGGGCAUUCUACCCUUUGUUUCUUUUUUCUCCUCUUUGCUUUCUGUAAUUUGGUUCUUGUAUGUACGCCAAUUUUGCUUGGGGAUGUGACUCCCACUUUGUAUCUCUGUCAGCUACUGUCAAUGGAUGGUCGAAAUUUAUAAACGAGUACACCAUUUUAAGUGAAAA